AAGAUAGGAAUUGUUGAUUCCUCCACUCCUUUGCAUCGAAUGCCUUCUCUUGGAACCGCCCAUAUGUUUACAAUUUGACCUCGAACGCCAAUCGCAAUGUCCACACCAAGCUGUGAAGGUUACGCGUGUGAACACACGCACUCUAUUAUGUACAAUCCAUUCAGGCCGAUACAGCCAACACCAGUCACAACCAAGCUUCCAUUGGAAUGCGCUCCAUGUCUGCCCGUCCAAACUGUUUAUAUUCGUGUCCAACAUGGCACAGGUAGCGGUUCCCCUGAUCAAAUACUUCAUACUUGCAGAGCCGCUCAAGUGCCCAAGAGUUGGAUGCAGGAUAAUUUCUACCACUCUAAUGCUCGUGACGUUGGCCCUAGAUAGACAGAGCAGAAUAAGUACCCCAGUCCUGCCAACCGUCGUUGACAUCGCCGGUCAAUUCGAAAUCAGAGCUGGCGGGAAACUCAUUAGAGUGACAGCGCGAUUUAAUCCAUUGAGGGACAUCGGUGACUGUAAUGGAAAGGAAGACGCUUGCAUCGCCGCGAGCGCAUGUUCAGGAUUGUUCAUUAUCUCUGCAGGUGCCAUUUCCAUCGCCAAGUUGCAGACACUGUCACACAAGCUGUCAUGUUUGACCAUUUGCAGCCCCACCGAGUUGGCGCCACUUUCAUCAGUACAAAGUCAAGAAAUGGGAAUGCUGAGGCUAUUUUCCACCUUGCGGCUCCCGUUCCUUGUACUGAUAUGCAUAUACGCACUUGAGAAGGUGGCUUCAUUCUCGAAGUCCUCUCUUACGCCUGGCAUGCCUCAUUGUCUCCUGUUGGACUGUCACAUAUCUGAGUAGGCAGGACUCCAGCCUCUAUGACUUCAUAAUAAUAUAUAAUAUCUGAGGUCUAGGAUCCAAUCAACC